AUGUCCUCUACCACUACUCCCGUUGAGAAGUGGAAUUCCCGAUUUGCCGGGGCUGUCCCCCACAACACUGACUACUAUCUGAAGUGCCUGGCUGGCGGCGCUUUGGCCUGCGGCACGACCCAUACUAUGAUGACCCCUAUUGAUGUCGUUAAAGUGAACAUGCAAGUGAACCCUUCCAAGUACCGUGGUCUUUUGUCGGGUCUUGGGACUCUGACAGCUGAGGAGGGUAUUCGUUCCGGGGCCCUAAAGGGCGCUGCUCCCACAUGCAUUGGGUACAGUUUCCAGGGUAUGUUCAAGUUCGGUUUAAACGAAGUGUUCAAGGACCAGUACAAUACUCUCGUUGGCGAGGAGAAUUCCAUCAAGUACCGUGGUCUUAUCUGGGCCGCUGCUGCUGCCAGCGCUGAGUUUUUCGCUGAUGUUUUCCUUUGCCCUUGGGAAAUGAUCAAGGUCAAGAUGCAGGCGUCUCCCAGCGGUACUUUUCCUCUAGGUCUUCGUGGUGCUUGGAAGGAAAUGGCCGCUAACAAGACCGUCACUGGCUUCCCUAUGGGUUCCCUCGUUCCUCUGUGGUACCGUCAAAUUCCCUAUACUGUUGUUAAGUUCGUUGGCUUCGAGUACACGGUCGAGCAGAUGUACAAACAUAUCUUCACUCGCCCUAAAGAUUCCUAUUCGAAGGCCACUCAGCUUGGCAUUACUUUCGCCUCGGGUUACAUCGCUGGUAUCGCCUGUGCGAUCGUAUCACAGCCAGCAGACAAUUUGGUCUCUCAAAUGGCUAAGGCUGAGAACCAGUCGAAGUCGUUCAUGGAGAUGGCCCGAGCCCAAGGUGUGAAGAAUCUAUUCCUGGCUGGUCUUGGUCCCCGCAUCAUCAUGAUUGGUACCCUCACGGGCCUCCAGUGGUGGAUUUACGACACUUGGAAGUCGGCCAUGGGUUUCGGCACUUCUGGUGGUGCUGCUGUUAAGAAGCAAAAUUGAGCUGGUGGCGAUUUCCUUGUUACUCAGAGUGUCUGUCGUCGUUGUCAUCAUCGUUAUGAUUACACGUUACGCGUUC